GGGCGCGCUGACCCCAGGCCCCUCCGCCAACCCCGGUGUGUGUGUGAGCUUGAUGCCCGGGAGAGGCGCUCCCUGCCCGGCUCUGGUGGUGCCUGGAAGGAAGCACUCUUCGGUCCCCGUGCCCGCGAGCUUUGACCCGUAAAAAGGAAGAACUGAGGAGAAAACAAACAAUGAAAGUAUUGGUUAUUGGCCUUGGAGGUGUAACAAAUGGGGGGAAAACCACGCUAGCAGAAAAGCUUAAGAAAAUGCUUCCCAACUGUGAUAUAAUCUCUCAAGAUGACUUCUUUAAGCCAGAGUCUGAAGUAGAAACAGAUGAACGUGGAUUUAAGCUAUAUGAUGCACUUGAUGCCCUCUAUAUGGAUGAAAUGGUGACAAAGAUUCACAAUUGGAUAAAAAGCCCAGCAAGCUCAGGGGUUGUGACAGAAGAGCCACAGACUGCAUGUGACAAUGAGAAAAAUGUUUAUAUUUUGAUUGUUGAAGGCUUUCUGCUUUACAAUUAUGAGCCACUUAAUGAACUUUGGAAUAGAAGAUACUUUUUGACCCUUCCUUAUGAAGAGUGCAAAAGGAGAAGGAGGUAAGAUUAUUCAGUUAUUGUUUAACAAGGGCCACGGUACCCCCUAAACUGGAGUAGUCCUUUUGUACUAGCUUUUCUUCAGUGCUUGCCAAAUGUAAGCUAUUAAGAUCAUCUGUCCUCUGUUUGUUUUAGAUUUGUUUGUUAUAGUUUUUAUUUUAGAGCACAGGGAUAUCAAAG